UGUAAUUAGAAUGCUUACCGUACUCCACAACUGGUGUUGUUGGUUGGUUAGUGUGGGAACGGAAUAAGGUUGGACAGGAUUUUAUCGGUUUUUCGGGACAAAAUGGCUUCACAGCCAUCCCAGAGACCACGUCGAAAUGCUUCUCCUGCAUCGAGCUCAAAACUACAACCUAUGCGGGCCACUUUACCAUUUUCGCUGAUAGCUACUCCAAGUCCUACCCGUGGAACUGGUUUAAGGAGGCCAAGUCCAUCAUCUUCGCCAGUACAUGGCAGUGAAAAUGGCCUUAAACACCGCAGAAGUUCGCCAGAAACACGUGGGUCUCCCGAGCAUCGGCGGAGUCCAUCUUCUCCAUCUUCGUCGAGCUCGAAAGGUGAAAGAAGCAAACUUAUGAAAAGUAAUUCGGGCGCAAUAAGAAGAACGUCUUCGUUAGACGCCAUUUCACCUUACAUGUGUGGACAGUGGCCUAAAGGAGAUGUUGGCGGGCCGAGUAUGUGCCACAAAUCAACUCAGACACCAGUUUGGGAAGAAAGUGAUGUAGAAGACAAUUUAGGACCAAGGAAUAAAAGAUCAAAUUCCCUGGGUAGUGGAGAUCAAAAAAUAAAAGAGAAAUUGAAACAACAUUUACAGCGUACUAAACAUGGAAGUAAAUCAAGUCAAACAUAUGGUCGCCAAUCUCCCCUUCACGGUGACCACACUGCCAUUCCAGCCAGCAGGCUUCCACAGUCAAUUCCCAUCUCAAUCCCUAUGACAUCAAGACCAUCAGAAGGGCCACAGAAACGGAGUUUGGAGGGCCUUAACUCGGAAAUACAGAAACUUGUGUUAACAGAUACUCAGACUGAAAGACAGGUAAUGGAGCAAAUACCAGAUGGCCGUAAAGCUCCUGUGGUAGAGAUAAUGUCUGGAGUGGGACCUUUUCGCACAGUAGAUAUUCACACACAGACAUCUGCUGACAACCAGGAAGGUCAAGAUAGUGGUGGGAGUGGCAACAGCAGCAGUAGAAGUCAUUCUGCAUCUCCAACAUACCCCAUAAUGCCUGGAGCAUCUGAUUCACGCCCAUCAUCAAGGUGUUCAUCUGGAGGAGCUGCAGAAGCUGAAGAGAAUGUAUCUCCUGAGCUUCCAGUUGGUCCUAAAUAUGCAUCCUCACCUAAGCCCAACAAUUCGUACCUCUUUGCAAGAGAGCCCCCUGAUGGAGCUGAGAAGGUGCCUUUGCACGUUGAAGAUGCAGACAGGGCCACAUCACCCUUGUUUCUUGGGCCAGACAAGACAAAGGUGAAAAUCAUCAACAUCAGUGCAAGGUCAGCUUUCUCGGCCUUCUCUGCCCUUCCCUCAUACCCCAAGAUGGCAGUCACUUCUCCAGCAACUGCCAACCAGCAGCUGUCACACCUGGAAGCCUCUCAGUAAACAUGGAACUGGAGGACAGGGACAAGACAAAAGACCAUGAAAUCUGACAUGGUGUGGUCAAACCAUUAAUAUCUAAAGUACUUAAAUAAAUACUCUAAUUUAUUGCCUCAUUAGCAUUAAGAAUGACAACCACGGGUUCUCCUCAGUGAUCUUCAUGUGUAUUUAAUUUAAAUCCUUUCAUCCCCUUGUUUAAUUAUCUAGCUAUGCCUAAUUUAUGAAAAGCUAUUCUAACUAUUUUAACUGACAGAUUUUGGUCAAGUGCAUAGUGUUGGGUGUGGAAUUGUUUGGUAACUUGGUUAAAAAAAAAAACGGUUUAAAUAUUCUACAGCGUGUCUCCUUUUUACUGGAUUAAGGUGGCCGUUCUAGGUGUUUCUUUUCCAGUGUUCUGUGUUUUGUUGGUUUGUAUAGCAAGAGGAGAAGUUUUGAUUGUAUCCAGAGUACUUGUUUGUCAAGGUCCAGUAUUUUGUGUAAUAUUAAUACAAGGGUCUUCAAAGAAGGAGGAAAGAUAUAGGUAUAUUACAGCAAUGUCAGUUAAACCUUCUAUUACUUAAAUGAGAGAAACAAAGUGAUACUUUUAUUCAUUUUGUGAAGAACAUGGAUUAAAAAAGGUAUGACAUCUUUGCAAAUAGUGAAUUUGACCUACACCUGGUCCUUUUUUCAACAAGAACACUCUUUCACUGUUUUUAUUUAGAAGAAGACUUAAUAGAUAUCAGUUCUUCAUAAGGGUAUUGUUAGUUUAUUUUGAAUACCCUGGCACACUGACAAGCAUACAAAAUUUUGUUUUAAAAGUUCUUUUCUUUUCGUAUGGUAACUUUUUGCAUGUUGGAUUUCUUUCUCAAAAUUUUUCAACAAGUCUCUCUUUAGCCCAAGAUUUUGAAGCUUUCUUGAAUCCCUUUUUAUAUAAACCUGACUACCUUUGAUGGAUCAUUGUGUCAGGAGGAGUUGCCUUGCCAUUUGAAGAUUGUAUAGUAACAUUAUUCAGUUAUUGUAUUAAGAGAGUGUAUCAUAUUCAUAAAUAUUAAGUGUAACUUAAUGAAAACAGACCUUUUGAUUAUAACACAUUAAGUAAUUUAGGAGUUUUAUAUAAAAUGGCUAUUCAGCAUUCAUUGACUUAAUUCUUAAUGUAUACUACAGUUCUUGAUGUAAAUAUUUUAUGGAUUAAGAUGACUAUAUGAUACUUGUAUAUUUUUACACUUAAAGAGACUCAAAUCUGUUGUAGAUUUUUUGAACUGCGAAGACUGUUCAAGAGUUUGUGUACUGAGACUGACUGGUGUGAGACUUGACCGUAUCACUCUUAACUUUGAUCUACUGGCUAGACCAGGGUUAUCUGCAAACCACAUAACUUUUGCCAUCAAACUAGAGAUAAACUUUAUUGCUGGUGAACGUUCUCUUAUUUAUCAUGUGCAAUUGCAGUUUUUUGUGGGGAGAUGUGUUUUAGUUGUUUUUCUUCAGCGUUUUGAAAGUAUUCCCCAGGUGAUGGGUGAUUUUUCAAUAUCUUAAGAAACUGGCAAUAAUUAUAUAUCCAUGUCGUAAACUAACUUAGAUGCUCUCGACGUUUUAGGAAGAGCAUUUCCUUGGACAUAUAUUUUGCUAAACACUUAUAAUUAAUUGCAUUCUUAUUACCACAUACUCGGUACUAAUAAAUAUUGAAACAGAAACUG